AAGUUCGCAAAAUGAAUAAAUCACGCGAUAUAAUAUCGUCAAACUCAUCUUCAGAGCUCGACAAUCAGUUCUCAUAUAAGCGCUAUUUUAUCAACAAUUUGGACUCGUACCAUGGCGAGCGAAUACUAGAGCUUAUGUCGAAGAUUAUUCUGGAAAGGAAUGCGGAACAAGCGAGGGCACCUUCCCCGCCGGUUAUGGUGGCCGAGGAUGCAGAGCCUUUGCCGCCGCCGCCGCCUGAGAUACCGUAUGAAAUUAUCGGUACCGUCACUGACCCCAAGAUAAAAACACUGGACAACGUAGCGCGGAUCAUUCCGAAGGACCAGGUUCUGCCCGACAUGCUCACAUGCGGCACGGUCGUGCUGGACAUCAGCUACGAUCGGGACGAAUUGAGAAUCGCCAUGGAUUACAUUAAGCUGCUAAAAGAUUUGCUGGCGAAACACGGGAGUGGCGCUUCAGAACCCGACGAUGAAGCGGCCGCAGGCGACUCCAACAAGCGAUACUUGAUCCUCAUCUCCACUGUUAUGACCUGGGCCGCCACCAAACCUUUGGAUCCGGAUAACCCAGAAAUGCCGUUCAUCGAAACCGAUUUCCGCAAAAGAAAGCCUCACCUCAACUACAAACUACACUACGAUACCGAAAACGAAGUCAUAGGCAUUGCGAGAAAGUAUCGAAGGCAAAUCGGUGCCACAGUGGUGUGUGCGGGCGUGACGUACGGCGGGCGAGAGGACGUGCUGUACUACUGGUUCCAGAAGGCUUGGGAGUGUGAACCACUUCUGCCGAUCCUUGGAAGAGGCGCAAACGCGGUUCCACUUAUCAACGUUCUGGAUUUAGCGCAAAUCGUCUACAAUUUGGUGACGGAUUUCCCGAGGAAAUUAUUCAUGUUGGCUGUUGAACAAAACGUAACGAAGCAAAGAGAGAUAGUGAUAUCCCUUGGUCGCUCCGCUGGGACAGGAAUGUUCAAAUGCAUCCCACAGGAAGACGCCUUCUUGAUUCCGGAAAUGGAUCAAAGGAUUUUCGACCUUAUGACACUGAACCUGAGCAUGGAACCGGGGUUUAUCGUGGAGACCAUGUCUCUCCAGUGGACCACUGAGCUGCCAUUUGCCGAAUAUACCCCGUUUCUCAUAAAGGAGUUCAAGAAACUACGAGGACUGAAGCCAUUUAAAAUCGUUAUUUAUGGCCCACCUAUAGUCGGAAAAACGGCUCUGGCAAAGCAAAUCUGUGAGAACUACGGUCUUGUUUACAUAUCACCUGAAACUGCCGCUAAAGAUGUCAUGGAGGAUUUGGCACGCCGUGUUGCCCACUGGGACGAGGGAGAAACAUCCGCGUUGCCCCAAAUAUCUCCCGAAGAGGAAGUUGUGGACGAUGAGGACGACAACGCUGAGGAUGAGGAGGCACGCGCGGCGGUGAGGCAAGAGUUGGCUGUGAUGCAAGCCGGGCUGGCCAUCAGCGAGGAGGAGAUUACUGGGUAUAUGCGAAAAAGAUUGCUGUGCCGAGAAGCUCUCAACAGAGGUUGGGUGCUGGACGGGUUUCCGAACACUAUACCGCAGGGCACUGCGCUAUUUGACAGAGGAGAAGAACAAGAUUCUGACGCCGAAGAGGAAAAUGAAGAAGACAAGUUUGACGAAGAUGCUGAUUUGUACAGUAAUGUUCUGAAGAAAAUUCUGCCUGAUAUUGUAGUAAGCCUUGAAGCGACCGACGACUUCAUUUGCGACAAAGCUAUGAAACUACCCGAGGGUGACUCCCGACUAGACGAAGAGGUUGUGCUCAACCGCCUCUUCGAGUUCCGUACCAACGACGCCCGUGACGUCACACCACUGAAUUUCUUUGACGAGCUGGACAUACACCCUCUCAUAGUGCAUGUGAAGGAACAUUCCGAUUAUGCUAUGAAGGGGCCGUAUGCGGCCGUUUCUUUGCGGAUGGGACGGCCUUGCAGAUAUUCUAAAUUACUCGCUAUGAUUGAGGCCGCUGAAAAGAAAGCAAAAGAAGACAAAGCCAUACAGCGGAAUGAAGAAGCUAAGGCGCAGAAAGAGCUAGAGGAAAAUAUGAGGAAAGACCGGGAGGACAAAAUGGAAUACUGGUCGGAACUAUACGCUGCGAUGCGAGAAGAGGAGGAACAAGCGCUAGCGGCGGCCGGCGAGCCGAUGCGCAACUAUUUGGUGCACAACAUCUUUCCCACACUCACUCCGGCCCUGCUCGAAGUCGCUAGGCUGAGACCUGCUGACCCUAUCGACUUUCUGGCGGAACAUCUAUUCAAGCAAAAUCCAACCGGUAAAAUGCUAGAGCCGGGCUACAAUCUUCAAGCCGAGAAAAUUUUAGGCAAGAUCAAGAUUCUAGACGAUGCGUUGCAAGACCUCGAUGUCCAGAUUGAACCUCUGGCGCCUCCAGAGGCGGAGCUGCCUUCGCCUCCAUCGCCUCCUAAACCUAAACCAAUGAGUGCCCUGUAAAUUAGAUAAGUCCUUG